AUGCCUCUCCAUCCCCUCUUACCACCGAAUACAUACCUGUCUGCUUCUGCCUCCAACUGUCCCUCUAUAUCGUCAUGUGUCCUACUGGCACUCUGCUUCCCGAUUGGCUUCUCCGCCUUCAGUUGCUUGUACCUGGGCUUGUUGUGCACUAAGCAGCAGACACACGAAGGCACCUGCGAGGGGGCGUCGGACCCGUACACUUGUCUUCUGGAGCAUCGCUCUGAGCGGUGGUUCCCUCAAGUGUAUAGGGAGCACUGCAUCUUCACGCGACCUUCGCUGCAGCAGCCGGACUUCGAGCGCAGCAGCUGUAGCGAAAACUGCCUGCGUCGCGGGAUGUUUGCGUGGCUCAGCCUUCUCCAUCGCGGCGAUCUCUCUUGGGACUCCUUCCUGGAGAAGAUCCCCCGUUCCUGCACCUUCAAAAGCACUGGCCUUGAGAGCGAUCUAGGGUCUCUGCGUGCACAGACGCGUCUCUCGGAUAGCUUGGCACUGGCUGCCUUGGGGAAGGCGCGCCUCGAGCGUUAUUACAUUAUACACCGCAGGCUGAUCAAUGAAGAGGCCUCUUCUGGGCAUCAUGAAGAGUCAACAAUUGUGCCGGGGGAAUAUUGGGAGGGUUUAGAGGCGGGGGAGAAAAGGGGCUGGGUUGUUACUAACACCUUCUACGCACCUGCAGACGAGCAGGAAGUGCUGCCUCUCGUGCAGCGCCUGACGGGGAGGUCCACUGGUGAAGCGAUUUGCCUCUUCAGAGAGCCGCACGAGCACGAGCACCAGGACGGGCUUAAGGCGCGCUUUGGCAUGCUGCCUGGGCGCUCGUGCACAGGCUCUAUCGGUGUGUUGUACGUGCUGGCGUUAGAGUCUCACCCUCCUUCUGGCGUCUUGGGGGCUUCCCUUGGGUUUGACUUGUGCGUGUCUCACCGGGUGUUAAGAGAAGAAGUGGUGGCAGAGGAUACAGCAGUUGAGGAGUUGCGGCUGCGAACGCGCGUAACGAUAGGUACUCCCUGCGGGGUUGUGCAGGGGUUAGAAAAGGGCCUCUGGGACGCGGGCUUCUACGCUGCUCGGUACCCCCAAGCAAGAGGCGUUGAAGGCCUCCCCACGGGGGGUGAGUGCCCCUGGAAGGGGGCGCUGCAGCUUGGCACCAAGUGCUUUCUCACGACGAACCAAUCUGGGCAGUCUCCGCUGGUGGUUAAUGGAGUAGGGGCUGCAGGCAGACGCAAAGAAGAGGGCUGUCCUGAUGCUGCCUUGACCUCCCCCGACAAACUCGGCAACCGCUUCAGCGCCAUUGUCGCCGCCUGCCCAGCUGCACGCACUUGGCCCCCUUGGAAGCCGAUCAGCAACGCACACUCCAGACCCGCGAGGCGGGGCCCCCCUGUUUGCGGGCGCGGAGUUGCGACGCCUCCUUCUCGGCUGUCUGCGCCCUCCGGCUCAGGACAGAAAGACCAUCCCUUUCCAUUGGGAUUCUUGGGGGUGAUGCGGUUCUGCGGGGCUGGGAAGAUUCUUGCUGGCCCGUGGCCGCUGCAACCCCAAAUCAAUAUUCGACACGACAGCAGGCUGAAGGACCUGAAGGAUGGAGUGUAUGAGGUUUGCUACUGCUCGCCGGUGCAAGUAGGGGACUCGGCUGUCUCCUGUGUUGAGGGAGAUGAAUUCAGGUUCCUGCGCGCGCUGCUGCAACUCAGCAGCGGUGACGCACGUACCCGCCGCGUAUCUCUCUCCAAAAAGGCACGACUCCCGGUGACCGAUAUCGUGGGCCCCCCGUAUAUGCCCCUCAAGCCGCUACCAGGGGCAGCAGCAGCACCAACAGCACCAGGAGCAGCAAGUUCUUUGGGUGUGUGGCUGGAGGCGCUACCGAGCGAGAUUGGAACUGAGUUUGUUUUCUGCAAGGUUGGGGCAGACAGACGCAUUGACGGCUCUUGCCGUUUCAUCCUCCACAGCUCCGGGGCCACAGAGAAAACUGUCGCAUUGUCUAUUGUCGCCGUUGGAGAAGAGACAGGAGAUAGCGCAACACUGUGCACGCAGCCAGGGGUGACGCUGGCGGUGGAGGUGAAGGGGGAGGCGGAGGUAGAGGUGCCUUCGUUCCUCCCUACAAACUUUAAACACGCUAUCUGCGGGAAUGGAUCCCUUCUAGGGACGCUCAUAGCAUCAGCAAAGGUUACACAUGGGCGGCUCGCGGCAGCUUCUGGUGAGUGGACGACACUGUGCUUAUUCCUUAGCCUCGCCCGUCGGAGGUACCGGCUGACGGGCUAA